AUGGAUCCUCGAAAAGAAGUCAAAGAUCCCGCAGUAACUAUAAGGGAUCCUCGAGAAGAAGUUAAAGAUCCCGCAGUAACUAUAAGGGAUCCUCGAGAAGCAGUUAAAGAUCCCGCAGUAACUAUAAGGGAUCCUCGAGAAGAAGUUAAAGAUCCCGCAGUCACUAUAGGGGAUCCUCGAGAAGAAGUUAAAGAUCCCGCAGUAACUAUAAGGGAUCCUCGAGAAGAAGUUAAAGAUCCCGCAGUCGCUAUAGGGGAUCCUCGAGAAGAAGUUAAAGAUCCCGCAGUCGCUAUAAGGGAUCCUCGGGAAUCAGUUAAAGAUCCCGCAGUCGCUAUAAGGGAUCCUCGGGAAUCUGUUAAAGAUCCCGCAGUCGCUAUAAGGGAUCCUCGAGAAGAAGUUAAAGAUCCCGCAGUAACUAUAAGGGAUCCUCGAGAAGAAGUUAAAGAUCCCGCCUUGCUAUAA